AUGCCCCGAUGGGGAAGACCACCGGGGGCACGAAUGGGGAGACACACCAGGGGGCGGGAGUGGGAUGAGAUUGCACGGGUGGAGGAGAUUGAAAGUGAUGAGGAGCACGACGAGUACGAGCGGGAGAUGCUGCGGAGUGGCCGCGUGUCAUACAUGCGCCAGCUGGAGUAUGGGGGCCGGGGGCCGCGUCGGCGGGACUACGAGGAUCUGACCGACGAGGCCGAAUCAGAUAGCACGGUGGCCUAUGCGGUUCAACUGGCCAUGCGGGACAAAGAAGAUCAAUUGGUGGAAAAGGCACUGGGGCGGAUUCGUCGCGCGCAGAUGCUGGGAAAGAAGAAUGUCCGGCUGUCACAACGCGAGCUGGAUGCCCUGGAGCGGAGGCGUCUGCAGACAGACAAUGGACGGCGGCCAAAACACCCCGGGAGCCCUACCACACCGACAGCGGGCCGGCCGGGGUCGCGGCGAAAUGGAUCGGGGGCUCCCCUUGAGCAAUCCGGGCCAUAUCCACACUUUGCGCCUGACGCCCACAGCUCGUGGUCUCGGGGCCCUGGUGGCCGGCCGUCCAGCUCGUCAUCUGGUCAUCGUCCGCGGACUCCGACUACUCAAUCCCUCCGACCCCAGCAGUCCAAUUCACCACUGCGGCCGUCCUACCCACCCUUUCCUCCCAAUAAUCGUCCACAGUCGAUGCAUCAGCACGCGAUGUAUCCACGACCACUGCCCGAUGAUCCGCAAUGGGCACCGCCCUACUACAAGCCCGUGCAGAUGGCACCCUACAUGGAUCAGGCCCCAUACCCGCCGCAGCCUCCCACUGAUCAUCGGUCAGGACCCACGGGCCGGAUGAGCUAUCCCUCUGGGGAAACGCCCUACCCGGCCCAGCAUCGAUCUCCCCUGGAUGGACGCCCCUCGGGUGCGCCAUUCCGGGGAGGCCCACCGGCCCAGUCCGAGACCGAGUCAGACGUCUCCAGCGAAGAAGAGGAGGAAACGGAAAGUAGUGAAGAUGAUGGGGAGGUGCAGGUUGUGCCAGUGGAGCGCCAGGGUCCGCCGGGCCUCCAGAAGCGCACUGUUUCUGGAGGCAGCCGGGGCAGUUGGCGGGCCCGUCGGUGA